CUUAGUUUCGCACGCCAUUUGUAAUCAGGCAAGGCGGCGAAGGUGAGGUGGCGAAAGACAACUUGUGCGGAGUCAGCCAGUGACAGAGAGUUGCGACAUUUAUGUUAACUUGAUAUGCAGAAAUGGCAAACAACCUGCCCAAUGCUGCUCUAGCAAAUAUUGCAUCUGAGAGGGACCUUAAUAACAUUUCCCAGUGCAUUGGUUCUAAUUGGGAAAUGUUGGGACCUUUUUUAAUAGAGAGAAACUCAAAGGCUAUAGUAGAUCAAAUAAAAGAGGAUCAUAGAACCUGUCUACAACGUGUUUAUAAUUUACUCAUGAUUUGGCGUUCACAGACAGACAACCAGUCAUUGGCUCGUUUAUUUCACUUAAUGUAUCAAGCUGGUACAUCCGUGACAGUUGAUUGGUACGAAAUUGCUCACAAACUCAAUAUUGAUAUACAACAUAUCCGAGCAUGCAGUCAGCUGAACUUCUAGCCAUGAAAAGGAUCAGCAAAGAAAGAAGGGGGAUUUGCAACCUGCCAACUUUGAUGAAGAAAUAAUCAGUGCAAGUUUAAAGGGAUGAUAAAUAAAAUUAUGUUUUAUUCCAGAAGAAUUUGUGUGUAGUAUAUUAAGCUGACUGUUUAGAGCCUUUGGACAUUAAUCAUUAGAUAAAGAGUGAAGACUAGAAAAGUAGAGAGAAAAUUGUAAUGUUUUUGAUAAUGUGCGUGUACAUGUAACUGUAUUGUAAACUGUGGCAAACUAUUAAAAGGCAUAUGACAUCAGUGCAGUUUCUCACAGAGAAACGUGUAAUAUGUGGUGAACUUUUUACAGUCAUGUGAUAUCAGCGCUGUUUCUCACAGAGAAACGUGAAACUGUUGUUAAUUAUUUACAGACGUGCAUUAUUAGUGCUGUUUCUUACAGGAAAACAUGUAAUCUGUGGUAAACUAUUUACAGUCCUGAUAUCAGUGCUGUUACUCACAAGGAAAUGUGUAAACUGUGAUAAAGUAGUUACAGACAUAUGAUAUCAUUGCUGUUUCUCACAGGGAAACAUGUAAUUGUGGUAAACUAUUUACAGUCAUGUGAUAUCAGUGCUGUUUCUUACAGGGAAAGGUGUAAACUUUGGUGAACUACUUACAGUCAUGAGAUAUCAUUGCUGUUUCUUACAGGGAAACAUGUAAACUGUGGUGAACUACUUACAGUCAUGAGAUAUCAUUGCUGUUUCUCACAGGGAAACAUGUAAUUGUGGUAAACUAUUUACAGUCAUGUGAUAUCAGUGCUGUUUCUUACAGGGAAAAGUUUAACUGUUGUUAAUUAUUUACAGACAUGCAUUAUUAGUGCUGUUUCUUACAGACAUGUGAUAUCAGUUCUGUUUCUCACAGGGAAACGUGUAAUUUGUGGUGAACUAUUUACAUUUAUGAGAUACCAGUGCUGUUUUUCACAGGGAAACAUGUAAUCUGUGGUAAACUAUUUACAGUUGUGAUAUCGGUGCUGUUUCUCGUAGGGAAAUGUGUAAACUGUGGUAAACUGUUAACAGUCGUGUGAUAUCAGUGCUGUUUCUCUCAGGGAAAUGUGUAAUCUGUGGUAGAUUAUUUAAAGCUAUGAGAUAUCAUUGCAGCUUCUCACAGAGAAAUGUGUCAUUAAGGUAAAUUAUUUACAGUUUAGUGAAAACAGUCCAGAUUUUCUUUAAUGGAAACUCGUUUAAUAGACUGCACUGAUAUUGUACUGAAGUACCAUUACACAGCCAGCAGUGCCUUCUUGUACACUGAGGUAAACUACAAUGAUAUAGUUUGUGAAGAGUUUUUCAAAUUUUAUAUUGUUACAUCAUAUGCGUAGUUUAAUGGCCCAUUAUGUCACAGAAAUGCUUUUAUUAGUUCCCUACCGGUUCUGGAGGGGACUUUAGGUGUACUGUCUGUCCAUACAAACGUAAAGAUACUUAGGUGGGUAUGGGAGCAAUAGGUAACAGUAAAUUUCCUUUGAUCCUAUUCAUUCAGUAAGCUCUUAUUUGGCUAAAAGAACAAUAGAGAGAACAAAAGAGUAGCCAGUUAAAUACCAAUCUUUGAGCACAUCCCUCAAUCCGUCCAUACACAAAAGGGGAUCUCGUCAUAAUACAAAAAGUACUGAAAAUAUUUUUAUGAAACUUGAUAUAUGGGUAGAUGGCA